GCUUAUAUUGAGGUCAGCAAAGAGCUAAAGAUCAUCAGAGCUGCAGCUGCCAUAUAAGGUAGCAAUUCUUAUAGAGUUGGCCAAAAGACUUUCCAGUCAGACGAUUUCAUCCUGUAGAAUGGCUUUGGUAUACCGAACCAUGAUGCAGUUAGCUGGAAUUUUAUUUUGUUUGUUGGGAUGGGUGUUAUCCUGUCUGACUACCUAUUUACCUCAGUGGAAAAAUCUCAACUUAGAAUUGAAUGAAUUGGAAAUCUGGACAAUGGGACUCUGGCAAGCCUGUGUAGUCCAGGAAGAAGGGGGAAUGCAAUGCAAAGAAUUUGAUUCUUUUUUGGCUUUACCCCCUGAGCUCAAAAUUUCUAGGAUUCUGAUGUUCGUAUCCAAUGGAUUAGGACUUUCUGGCCUCCUGUUUUCAGGUUUUGGAUUGGACUGCUUGAAGAUUGGUGAACAACAGCAGGAUCUAAAGAAGAGGUUACUGCUUUUGGGAGGAAUAUUCUUCUGGAUAUCUGGAGUUACAGCCAUAGUUCCAGUGUCUUGGGUUGCUCACAUCAUUGUGCAGGAAUUCUGGGAUGAAAAUAUUCCAGACAUCGUUCCCAGGUGGGACUUUGGGGAAGCGCUGUUUAUAGGCUGGUUUGCUGGAUUCUGUCUCAUCUUAGGAGGCUCGCUGCUAAAUUGCACUGUCUGUUCUACUGAUGCUCAAUCAUCCUCAGUCCAUUAUUCAGCGGCAGAAGUGCAAGAUACCUGUCAACACUUGGAAAGUGACAACAGACCCAAAAGCCUAAGAGUCUGAGAGAGACAGAGAGGCUUCUUUUUCUUUUCAGACACUUAAACACACCAAGCAGAACCUUGUUUCAAUUA